GGUGACCUGACAUGCACCAGCUAGACUCGCUGUUGCCCCUCAACCACGCGAUAUGUCAGCUUAUUGACGAUAUCCUGAAAUGCUCUGCUCAACUUCGAUUUUCGUUCGGUUGACCAUGGCUCCGUCCCAAAGCAUUCCAACCGAGGCGACAUUGCCGACCACGUCUUCCCGCAUUGCCCUCGGUAAGGCUCGAUCAUCAUGUAAUCGCUGCCACUUACAAAAGCUCAAAUGCGUGAAAAACACAAGCUAUGGUAGCUGCGAGAGAUGUCUCAGAUUGGGAACGUCGUGCCGAUUCACAGCUCGCACUUCUCGCGUACACCGAAACGCCCCUCGCUGUCUAGCAGACUGCGGUGGGCGUCAUGCAGUCUCCAUAUCUCCGAAUAUGCCUAUGCCGUCCGUACAAUUUCAUUCAGUGAAUACAAAUGUAACUGGCAUUGAUUUGUUGUUCUCAUCGAGUGCCGAUCCAAUUAUUGCCAACGACACAGCAGCUUCAUCCUUACUUCAUCGUACUUCAAUACAAGGCGGUGUAGAAAACAUACAAAACAGACAGUGGUUCGAAGACCCUUGCGAAUCAAUGUAUGGUUCGGGUCUGUUCUACAACGACGAUGUCACUACAAACCUCACGGUCCUCCGCCCAGUAAACAAAAAUUCCGCAACUAUAUCUCCUCAGGUUGACGCGUCUAGUUUGUUCUCAAGGGGCGAGGCUUGGGAAACACUCCACCUGUCAGCAACACGUCCGUUUUCCUCUGCAGCAAGGCUAGCGAGUCUCAACGUCGCACUUUACGAAUGCACCUCCAAACUUCCAUCCAAAGUUCACACAAGAUCGCCGCUCAGUGAUUGGAGCGUUAGCGACAACUGUGCACACAAACCACAAAGAGCUAAGCUCUUUGUUAUAGAUGAGCUUUUCCGUGUCACCGCCGACUUUUUGAAUAUCAUCGAGAACUUUAAUGAUGAGGGGUGCGAUGCGAGCACUAAUGUGCCACCAGUUAACAUCAAUGGCGAACAGAUAUUCGUGCCAAAUCUCAGGUCUGCCCAGAAAAUUUGUGGCCGAGUCCAGUCAUCAGCCGCGCCGACUAGCAUGGAGCCUUCCUCAAUAUUUCCAGUUCCUAUGGAUAUCGCAAUUCUAGACGUACUUAUAUCUUGCCAUCAUCAACUUACAGAAGCAUACGUAGCAGUCUUCCAAAGGAUGCAGGCCUGCAUUCGCAACCACAACGUCUCACCACUCAGGCUCGUGCCCGAGAAUGAAAGAAAUUGGGGUGUCAUUCUUCCAGAGUUGAAAAUGGGCUCUAUUGUUACUACUCCGGCAGUGUGUGUGACCAAGGAUUCACCUAUAUCGACUGUAGCGGCAGCGUCAAUGUAUAUGAGCAUGAUAGCGUUGCUUUCUUCACAACUUUGGGAUCGAGUGGCAGCCGUGAUGAAACAAAAGCGUGAGAUGCCUUCUGUUGGACCCAGCUUAGACUUGAGAGACAUGCUAUGGGAUACAAUGUCGGCCCGGACUGACCAACUAUCAAACAUGAUCGACGCUACAAAGAGUCUGCUCUAGAAAUAUCCGGGCAUUGAAUUCAGGAAUGGUUUAUGGGCUGUCGUUUUUUUACUUAAACCUAUACAAGUUUUACAGAUACGAAGUGGGCAAUUGGAAGAGUUGUAGUUUCAAAUAUCCUUGCAUUCUCCUACAAAGGGUAUCAAAUGCCCUAUUGUCCGGUUUCCUACAAGGGUCGGCGCAUGUCAGUUAAUGAUGCCGAAGAUAUGCUCUUGUUGAAUGCUAGCCUACUGAAAUGAGAGUCGCGGGCAUUGAUAGGAUUAUAUUCAGCUACGUUAUUUCGAAUAUAG